GUUACUUAGAAGAAACAUGGGUUUCAAAUGCAAUCGUUUAUGCCUCAUUCUGAGAAUUUUGUUUGCCGUCUACAUAAACUCCAUUCAAUCUUCCUAUUGCUACUACUACUAUGAUUACAGUGGCUACUGGAAAGCGUGCUAUUAUACUUACUACACAUAUUCCAAUAGUGCCGCAACUGCUGGAAAAAUCGUGGGCUAUGUGUUUGCCGGGCUGUUUGGAUUGAUCUUCUUCCUCGGGUUCUUGACUUGUAUGGCUCACCUGUAUGAAAAACUAUGUGCGAAGUGCAACCGUGAGGCAGUUAGGCCAGCAAUUUCACACAUUGAUACAGCUGAAAGCGAUCCCGGGAGCCAGGAGCAUGCAGUGGUCAAUCUCGACCCUCCACCACAGUAUGAGUUGACUGGACAUUCAAAUCCUCGAUAAUCAUUGAAAAUUCAGCUGAAUUUAUCAUGUGAUAACUUUGCUCGGCACUUUAAAGAUAUCUUUACUUGAAAUUCUUGACAAGGAAGUUUUGAAUUAACUUUCUACUUUUUCACUCGAUUUAAAUCUCAGGGGUUGUGAUAAUAGAUUACACACACACACACACACACACACACACACACACACACACAUAACAAUUUUUCACUUAAAAACAACUAAGAAAAUGGCUGCAUAUGAAGGAAAUAACGAUAAACAUUCUAAAUUUAUUUAUUCAAAUCAGCGGUCCAUGGACCACAUUACUCAGUAGAAAAAAUGUAUUUUUAAGCGCUAUAAUAGCGUAGCUUAAGCGCUUAUUGCCGCCCAAUAUCACCCAGAGUUAUCGUUCCCGCUACGCUCCACUAAUACCUCUGUCAACGUCUAAAAAUCAUAUCAAAACGUACUUAAACUAACAUAGCAUAUCAAAUUGUAAUGAUCAUAUCUAAGCAAAUUAAACACUUGUCUGAAUUUUAUAAACGCAGAAGCUGGUAAAUAUGAGACACCUGAGCGAAUUAAAAGGUUUUACAUAAAUAUUCAUUCAUUCAAUAAUACUAGAAUACUCAUGGAAUUCGUUGUUUUUGUGAAUUUAAGCUUAACACUAAAACUUGUAAAAUCAUACUUUAUAAUGCAAUAGGUAGAAAUAAGUUUUGCCAAGAAUCUUGACAUUCAGACGUUGACAGAGGUGUUGUAGCGCAGCGUAAUACGCCCUCUGGUGAGAGAUUGAUUGCCGCCAGUUGGAUUUUGCUUUCGUCAUAAUGUUUCCGGUUUAUCGCCACCUAUAGGCGAACUUAUGCAUCGCUGUAGUCAACAAGUCGUGUUUAAAGUAGUCGUAAUUUUGCAACCGAUCUAGCACGGGGAAAACAUUCAUACGAAAGCCUAGAAGGGUCAAAUCAGGAUAAAAGAAAAAA